UCUCCGAUAAAAGAAAGAAGUAAAAUGGCCAGCUCGGCGCCUCGUCUCUCUUUUGCUUUAUCGGUUCGCCCCCUUUGUUGAUGCGAUUUCCAAGUCUCCAUUCAUCUCCUCGUUUGCUCGACAUCUCUGCAGCCUCCUGCCCACAACUCUCCUGCUUCUUUGAAACCGUAGGAGAUUGGUAAAAAUGCCAGAUAUUCAGAUGGGGUCCCACACACUGAGAUCCCAUGGAACCAAAGUCUUAAGAUUUCACAUGCAAGACUGGAUCAUACUCAUACUCCUUGCUAUAAUAGACGGAUGCUUAAAUGUCAUAGAGCCUUUUCACCGGUUUGUGGGAAGAGAUAUGAUGACAGAUUUGAGGUAUCCAAUGAAAAAGAACACGGUGCCAUUUUGGGCUGUUCCGAUACUUGGAAUUGUGUUGCCAUUCUUAAUUAUUUUGGGCAUCUACUUUAAGAGGAAUAAUGUUCUUGAUCUGCAUAACGCUGUAUUAGGCUUGCUUUUUUCGACAUUCAUCACUGGAGUUUUAACUGAUGCGAUCAAGGAUGCAGUUGGCCGACCAAGGCCAGAUUUCUUCUGGCGAUGUUUUCCUGAUGGAAUUCCUAAAUAUGACAACAUAACAACUGGUGUUGUAUGCCAUGGGGUAAAAAGUGUUAUCAAAGAAGGGCACAAGAGUUUCCCAAGCGGGCAUUCGUCCUGGUCUUUCGCUGGGCUAGGCUUCCUAUCAUGGUACCUGGCAGGAAAACUCCAGGCUUUUGACGGUAGAGGUCAUGUUGCAAAACUGUGCAUUGUGUUUCUUCCUUUGCUCUUAGCAUCACUUGUGGCGAUUUCUCGAGUUGAUGACUAUUGGCAUCAUUGGCAAGAUGUAUUUGCAGGAGGUUUCCUAGGACUGGUUGUUGCUUCAUUUUGCUAUCUGCAAUUCUUCCCACCCCCAUACGACCUCGAUGGUUGGUUGCCUCAUGCAUACUUGCGCGAAAUGUCUGAUUCUAGAAACAGUGUUCCAUUGCAGCCGACUGCAAUUUUCCGACAGUCAAGGUCAUCAGAAGUUGAAACAAACACAAUUCUAGAGUCAAUUGAAGCUGGUAGGAGAUAUUGAUGCACCAUCAUUCCUUCUUGGCAUACAUUUAGCCACCAUCUUCAAUUUGUUCUUAUGCUGCUAUAUAUGUUUGCAUAAGGUUUGUUCUUGUUUCUUUUUUUUUUUUAACCUUUUGGUUCUAUUAUGAGAGCCGAAUUAAUGUUCAUAAGAUGUCAAAUAAAGUUUGGAUUGGGUUCCCUCUUGCCCCAAAUGAAUUCGAUGAAGCUGAGAAGUUAACAUGGCAUAAGAUUAUAAUAAAA